ACGUACAUAUAGAUAAAAUUAAUUAUAAAGAUAUUUUUUAUAAAAAUUUAAUGAAAAAAAAAAUGAAUUUUAAUAAGAGCACCAGUUCAUUACACAAUAAUAUUAAAAGUGAAGAAGUAAUUAAAUGUGUUACUAGAGAAAAAAUUAUUGUUCGGGGGAAUACGGCGAUUCGAACAAUCAAUUCAACUACAACAUCAUAUAUACAAAAUUCAAAUGAUAGUGCAUCAUCUCCUCUGUCUGGAUUAUCACAGAUGACUAAGAUGAUGGAUGAGUUAUUAAUGGAUUCACACCAAUAUACCUCACCAUUUACUUUUACGAAAAUUACAACAACACAUCGACCAAGUCGUACUUCUUUAAAGAAAACACAAAGUGCUACAUCAAAUUCACAACAGAAUAAUGAUAAUAGAGGAUCAACAUAUCAUGCAAAUGAUAGUAAAAGAAAAUCAUCAACAUCAGUUCCGAAUUCUCGUGUAAUCAAUCAAAGUGGAAAAACAAAUGUUCCAACUCAAGAGGUUCCCCCUCAACCAAGAAUAACAUCAAUCAGUUAUCAUCCAUUAGCAUUACAACAUUUAUCUAUGAGCAGUAAUUUAAAUAAUAAUAAUUAUAGUAAAUUUCCAAACACCAAAUCAACACCAAAUAAUAAUUUAUUUGGUUUACAAUCACCUUCAUCAUCACCAAAUCAACAAAAUUUAUUUCCAACAGCAACUGACCGUUGGGUUUCAUCAUUAAGAAGACGUGAUCCAGAAUUACAACCAACACUACCAUCAAUUAAUAGCAAUAGUAAUAAUACUAAUAAUGUUAAUGUUCUUCAUCAUAAUUCCAAUAUUAGUGAUCCUACAUCAAAACGUGUUCGUAGCACUAAAAUAUAUAAUGGUGCAUUUUCUCGUAAAAGUCGAUCUGUUGAACGUCUUUUAGGACGUAAACCAAUUAAUCAAAAAGAAAUUAAAGUUACAGUAGAAAAGAAAGGAUCUGUUGAAGAUAAUUCAAAUUCAGAUGAUGCAACAACAUCUGUUGAAGACAACAGUACAUCACAGAGUACACCGAAAUUUAUACCAAAAAAAAUUAAGAGGAUGAAUGUAACAAAUAAACGACCAUCAUUCGUUCCUAUAGGUUAUGAACCACAUUUAGUAGAAAUUCUUGAAAAAGAUAUUUUACAAAGGGAUAUUGGAGUUAAAUGGGCUGAUGUAGCUGGAUUAAAUGAUGCUAAAGCUAUACUUCAGGAAGCUGUUGUACUUCCAAUUAUAAUGCCUGAUUUUUUUCGUGGUAUACGAAAACCUUGGAGAGGAAUUUUAAUGGUUGGACCUCCGGGAACCGGUAAAACUAUGAUGGCAAAAGCAGUAGCAACUGAGUGUGGAACUACUUUUUUUAAUGUUUCAACAAGUACUUUAACAUCAAAAUAUCGUGGGGAAAGUGAAAAAUUAGUACGUUUAUUGUUCGAAAUGGCUAGAUUUUAUUCACCAAGUACAAUUUUUAUUGAUGAAAUUGAUGCUUUAUGUGCUUCAAGGGGAAGUGAUUCAGAACAUGAAGCAAGUCGACGUUUUAAAGCCGAAUUGCUAAUACAAAUGGAUGGUUUGAAUGUGGGAGCUUCCAGUGAAGAAAAACUUAUAAUGGUACUAGCUGCAACAAAUCAUCCAUGGGAUAUUGAUGAAGCAUUUAGAAGACGCUUCGAAAAGAGAGUUUAUAUUGGACUUCCAAAUGAUGAAACACGCUCUGCAUUAUUGAAUUUAUGUUUAAAAGACGUUAAUAUUUCAAAUGACACAGAUAUUGAUUCCGUUUGUGACAUGUUAAAAGGAUAUUCGGGUUCAGAUGUUCGAAAUGUUUGCCGUGAUGCAAGUAUGAUGGCAAUGAGAAGACACAUUUCUGGUCGUACACCAUCAGAAAUUAAAAAAAUACGUUUAGAAGAUGUCGAUCAACCAAUCACUUUAAAAGAUUUUACAGAUGCAAUUGAAAGAACAAAGAAAACCGUUUCCGAAGGUGAUAUUGAAAAAUUCAUUAAAUGGAUGGAGCAAUAUGGAUCAACAUGAAAUUAGGCGAUAUAACAUAAUAUUUAAUUUUAAGGCAUAUUAUGUAUUUUAUUAAUGAGUCAAAAUAUAUAAAUACCAUACAUUCA